CAGAGACCAGAGCAGGCACGGGUCAUAUUUAAUCGAGUUCAGAGAGUGAGUGUGAGCGAAGAGAGAAGAUUGAAAGAGAGCAGCUUUGCUUGUUUUUGUUACCAACAUGAGUGAGGAAGAGGAUCCAAAAGCAGUGCAGCGCAACCCUACGUCUUCAAAAACGCCCACCAAGGUUGCUGGGGAAAUCAGCAGCAACGGCGGCAACAGCAGCGGUGGUCGGGAGCAAAAGAUCCAUUAUCGAAAUCCACCAGACGCAACGAACCCAGACCCUGCAACAUUGAGGGAUCAAUGGAGGUUCGCAAUCAGGCAGUACAGCAAAUGGUAUUCCCACGCAUGGGGUACUGCUAUCCUAGCCGGAGUUUCUUUCUUCGCUCUUGGAUGGAUCAUCAAGGGCUCCAACCCUCUUCCCUCCAAGAAAGACCAACAUCCUCCUCCUUCCCCAUCGUCCGCUGAUGAUCGAUGAUCAUGAUUUCAAUCCAUCGAUACUACUACUGUUUGAUGCCCUAACUUCAAUCUUCCCCCCUCCCUCUUGAAUCUUGUAUAUAUUUGGUGUUUGAAUUUUUGCUUUCAUCUAUUAGCUUGAUUUGGGUAAUUUCUCUGUUGAGGUUGAAAUGAUAUAGAGAUCAAAUAUUAGAAUUCA